GGGUCAUGGCUGCCCUUGGGACCCUGAGCUGACAGUUGGAGGGUCCUGCGUUUCGGGAGUUGUGACCCCACUCCCGCGGUCAAGCGUGAGUGCUGGGGUCCUAAGGACCAAGGCUGCUGCGGUGGGGCAGGGCCAGGGACGGAGGUCGACAGAGUGGAUGAAGGAAGGAUAGAGGACCCUGGGAAGGGCGGGGCUGGACAUGAGGAGGAGGCCGCGCCUUUGCCGGGACGCGUGGCUUACGCUGCUGCUCAGCGCCGCCCUCGGACUCCUGCUCUACGCGCAGCGCGAUGGGGCAUCCCCCACGACCAGAGCACCAUCGGCGGGAGGACGACCCCCGCGGCCCACUCCCGGUCUCCGAGCACGCGAGCUUCCCAACACCGCCCGCGCGGCCCCGCUGGCCUACGAGGGGGAGACCCCGGUGCCGCCCACACCUCCGGACCCCUUUGACUUCGGCAGGUAUCUGCGCGCCAAGGACCAACGGCGCUUCCCGCUGCUCAUCAACCAGCCGCGCAAAUGCCGCCGCGACGGCGCGUCUGGAGGCUCGCCCGACUUGCUCAUCGCGGUCAAGUCUGUGGCCGCCGACUUUGAGCGGCGGGAAGCCGUUCGCCAGACGUGGGGCGCCGAGGGUCGCGUGCAGGGGGCACUCGUGCGCCGAGUGUUUUUGUUGGGCGUGCCCAAGGGGGCCGGCUCCGGCGGGGCAGGCACGCGGACGCACUGGCGCGCCCUGCUGGAGGCUGAGAGCCGAGCUUAUGCAGACAUUCUGCUCUGGGCUUUUGAAGACACUUUUUUCAAUCUAACGCUCAAGGAGAUUCACUUUCUAUCUUGGGCCUCAGCAUUCUGUCCAGAUGUACACUUUGUUUUUAAGGGCGAUGCAGAUGUGUUCGUGCAUGUGAAGAACCUGCUGCAGUUUCUAGAGCCACGGGAUCCGGCACAGGACCUUCUUGCUGGUGAUGUGAUUGUGCAGGCAAGGCCAAUUCGAGCUAGAGGCAGCAAGUACUUCAUCCCCCAGGCUGUGUAUGGACUGCCCGUUUACCCUGCCUACGCAGGCGGUGGUGGCUUUGUUCUUUCGGGAGCCACACUCCGCCGCCUAGCUGAUGCCUGCUCACAAGUUGAGCUCUUUCCCAUAGACGAUGUCUUUCUGGGCAUGUGUUUGCAGCGUCUGCGGCUCACACCUGAGCCUCAUCCCGCGUUUCGCACCUUUGGCAUCUCCCAGCCUUCAGCUGCACCACAUCUUCGAACCUUCGACCCCUGUUUCUACCGAGAACUGGUGGUAGUACAUGGGCUGUCUGCAGCCGACAUCUGGCUUAUGUGGCGCUUGCUGCAUGGGCCUCGGGGGCCAGUCUGUGCACAUCCACAGCCUGUAUCAACAGGUCCCUUCCAAUGGAAUUCCUAGCUAUCUCUUACGGUUUCAAACGUUUCUUAGCGGCAGGAGAGAAUAUGAAAGCCCAAAGGGGUUUUCCAUGUGGGUUUAUGGUGUACAUGGCUUUUCUCCGGAUUACUCAAUAUGUAGUGCUGACCUAUCGAGAUACCCAGGGCUAAGGUGGUGGUCCAUGACUUGACCAGCACAGAAGCUAGCACACUUAAAUACUAGUAGUCAGCAGCACUACUGUGUGUGCCAGUGGGGGCUUAGCUUUCCAGGAUGCUUAGGGUGAGAUAAACACAAGCUUAUCUACCCAUGGCCAGGCCUUAGAGCCCUCUGGGACCUGGCAGGCAUUUUCCUGUAGUUAUUAGCUUCCUUCCCUCUCCACAUUGAAUUCCCAGUGGCCGUAUCUUAUCUGUCCCCUUUGAGGUCUGGUGUUACAGCUAGCUAACCCUUCAGGUCCAGGUUUGCCUGUAGCAUGCGGGAUGGGGCCAUGAUGUGUCAUGGUCUUGCUCAUUCUAUACACACACACACACACACACACACAACUAUGCCAAUGUGCUUCUGAAGAGUGAUUCAUCCCCUUCCCAGAAGAUUCCUCCACUAUAAAAUUUCCCAUAUUCUUCAACUACAGCUUCAAGGAAACCAACAGUUCACAUUUUAGUACAAACACCCCAGUGGCAGCACAGGGCUGUCACUGAGGGCAUAGGUGCUUUAUUGGAACGGGGAUGAGGAAGUCUCCUCUGUUCAAGAGGAUGGGAACAGUCCUGGCUACCCUGACAGUGGGAUGUGCAGGGUCUCUGGCCAGACGAAGGUCCAAAUGGGAAGACACCUGUCAAUCAGUCAUGGGAGUGCCACACAGGCCUGGCUGUAGGCCCAGGAACCAUACAGACAGCUGGGGCAGGUCCCCUGCACAUUCAUCAUGAACUAUACAAGAUGAGGCUGUACAUGAGUUAAUUACAAAAGUCAUUAUUUACAAAAAUCUGUACACACAUUUGAAAAACUCACAAAAUUGUCAUCUAUGUAUCACAAGUUGCUAGACCAAAAUAUUAAAAAUGGGAUAAAAUUA